AAAGUCAUUAAUAUUAGCAAAUAUGAGAGUCUGUUGGGCUAAAAUGUUUAUUUCGUCCACAACUAUUUGAACUGCCUGAACCGCAAUAUCCAAUCAAUGCGUUACUCUUAGGUGAAUCAUGAUGCCUUCAACUCAUAGUAUAUUAGUUCCGUAUGUACAGAAAAAGGAAGCUAUAAAUGUUUGGGACAGCUAUAAAGUUAGUUUGAAAAGGUGAUAAAUCAACUUGUAGAAUGGAAAACCAUUACAACUUGUACAUCGCAUUAACUCGGUUGCUAUUUCCGUAACACCUCCUUACAAGUAUGGUCUUCCAGAUGGAUAUAAUGUCAAUCUUUACAAAUGUGAAAGUGAUAAACGUUUCCGUAAAUUAAGUGGAUUUUCGGCUCGAGUAGUUUGUUGUAAUUUUAGAAAUGAUGGGAAACUUGUCAUUGUGGGUGAAGAAGGCGGAACUCUGCGUAUUUGUACUACGGACAAAAACAAGUUUCAUCUUCGGAAGAUGAAGGCACACCAGGGCUUCAUUUUUUUACGAUGGGUUACGUGCAGCUAGUCUUGGAUCAGAUGCAAGUGUUCGAAUUUGGGACGUCACACUGGGUUCCCCAUUAGGACGUUAUGCAGUUUGCAAUGGAAGCGAAGUUGCUCGUGGCAUGGUAACAGGCAGAGUCGACAAUAACCUAUUAUGCUUUGGUGACCUUAAUGGAAACGUUGCCAUUUACGAUGUGCGCGAGCCAAAAUCUGUUCAAAAAAUCACAUUUCCGUCUGCGGUUUCUGCUCUUGCUCUUAACAAGACGGAUAAAAUUUUGGCUGUUGCUGCUGGUUCAGUUGUACAGUCCUGGGACUUCUCAGCUCAGAAAUUUCAUGACUAUGGAACAAGUCAAGACCUACAUCUUCAUUACAAAGUUAUUACUGGUUUAUUCAUUGAACAACAUCCCAUUACAGACGAAGAAGUACUUUUAUCUGUUUCGCUAGACAAGCUCGUCAAGUUCACCAGUUUGCUGGAUGGUAAAGAAUUGUAUCAGCUCCAAUGUUCAUCGCCUUUGACUGCUAUAGGUGUCACGCCAAAGUGUGGAAGUCUUGUAAUAGGAGGAGAACAUGGUUUCGUUAAAAUCAAACACUACGACUCGAAAAUAGACACAUUUGUCUCGGCAUCAUCUGAGGGGCAAAACAAAGCGUCUUCUAGUGACACAGAGGAUCCAUAUAUGAGUUUAUUGUCUCAGUUUUCAAAACCAAAUAAAGGCGAUCGCUUUAUGUCAAUGAAAAUGAACGAAUGGCUAGAAGUACCCUUAACUGGUUCUCGCCGUGCUCCCAGGGACUGGUUUUCACCCGAAAAAUUUAAAGCAACCGGAAGGCCGUAUGUCCCUUUAAUUCACCAAAAAACGGAAAUAUCACGCAGUGGGCAGUCGUUUUACUCUCAAACACUGACAAAUACAUAUAAUCGAGUAGACGUUCUACUUAGACGUUUUAAUCACUCUCGUGCAUUGACGUUAGCUUUAACCUAUCGAUCAUGGAUGCGUCGCUUUAAAAGAAAAACCAUUCCUACCCCUCAAUAUUGUUUAAACUUAGCACUUGCUGUUGUACGAGAAUUAAUAAGAAGAGAUACGUUAGUUGCCGCAAUCGCAGGUAGAGAUAAUCGUCAGUUAGAAUACAUUUUUGGAUUUAUUUACAACAAUAUUUGGCGUAAAGAUUCAUCUGCAGUUUGCUUAGAAUUAUAUCAUUGUAUAUUAAACACAUAUACUGCUGAAGAACUGAUGAAAACCCGUGGAUUCGCGAAAGUUACUAGACUGCUCGAACUUACAUCUUCAAACUUCUAUGCCCUAGGCAGAAUCGUAGACACAAUUGUAUAUCAGUCCCGCGAUUUACCGCAUUCAAAAAAUGAGCAAGUUGUAGAAAGUAUGUAUAAUCAUUCCUCAUCUAAUUCAGAAAACUCACCAGAAUGCAAAGCAACAUCUGUAACUAAUAAGCGUAGAAAACUUAAUGUUACUUAGUUAUUGUAAUCCUGUAUAGUGAAAAUAAAUUUCCUUUCUCAUAUCCAUGUUUGUGGUUACCAGUUCGGCUUUCAGGUAAUACAAAUUUUUCGCUGUUUGUAAACGAGAAUUUCUGUUGGAAAAAUAAAAGAUUCCCACAAAAUCCAACCGUAACCACUCAAAAAAUUCCAAUAUUUUCAAAGCACUUAGGUAAAGUGGAACCUAACGCUUCAAAACUGUUAUAACUUGUGAACCUGUGUGUCCUGUUUAUUGUAUAACGCAACGAUACCGCCAAUCAGAGAGCAGCGAAUUAUCGAUCGAAGCAGUGACUCAUAAAACACGUGCGAACAGCCUAGAGUCUUUAUUGGUCUCGCUUCCUGUCUGGCCCAGCCAGUUAUGUCCAGAACACCAAUCUCAACUUAUGCAAUAUGAAUCAUUUAUUUCAAACACUCGGUUUAUGUAUCAACCAGACACCACAACGUACAACAAAAUAUGAAACAUUUGUACAAGAAUUAGCCAAAUAUGGCUAUGAAUGAGGGAGAUAGUAAUUAAUAGACAGGCCGUAACCCAAGAAUGGUAAAUCGUAUAGUAAUAGUCUAUGGGUCAAAGUAAAGCUUAUAAUAAGAGCGACAUGAAUAUGAACAUUUUAGUUACAUAACAAUUAUACGAUAAAAAUAUACUCAUAGUAUUGGUCCAUAAAUGGAUCCAAAAAGUUACCAUUCAUUAUUCUUAUCAGAAUAUAACAAGAACCCAUACCCCUAGUGAUCGAUUCGUGAAAAUACCGAAAUUUCCCAUAUAUACCAGUCCUUUUCACACUAAAUCUUCAUUCUGAACUACAGUAAAUGUUCUGAGUUCCUUUUAUCCUGUCAGUUGCUUAAAGCUAUUUCCUUUUAGUUUACUGAUGUCGAACAUGGAAACUUGAAACUAUGCAAGGUCGUACCAGAUACUACUUUAACUGCUACUAACAGUUUAGGAUGGUUAGAACCAUUAUGGGUAUUUUGUUUUGGUGCGUCGGUUUUUUGAAUCUCAUGUAAAAGUACAUUUCUGUUUACCCAUAAUUCAAAUGUCAUAAAUGUUUCAAACAAUGUAACUCGACUCCUGAAAGUUCAUAUCUAGUUGGCGAUCUUGCAUGAAACUGUCCACAUUAAACUCAAACUACCGUGGGUUAAUAAUGAACUAGUGUUUCUGUGUGGCUAAUGGCGACCACACUAAAACUCAUUUUUAUUAUUUCAAGAUAAUCAUAUCCGCAAUAAUUUUUUCUUCUGAAUGUAUUUUCAAUGAUUGAUAUAAAUUCCUAAUGAAGAUUUCAUUGUCUUGUAACUCCCGAUAUAUUUCCUACUAAUU